UUGGGUCGGUUGGACAAAAAAGUGCCGUGAAAACCUGGGAGCGGAGCCAAUUCUUCCCAGAUGUAACUGAAAACAGUCGUAUGGUGGACGCAUUUCUUACGGGAAACUUCAAACAGCAGAAAGUAGAAAGACACUUUUAUCUCCAGGGUGCAAGUCAGACAAAGUCUAUAUGUGUUUACUUGACAAAAGGCAGAGAGAAAGACGUCAGUCCUCAACUACAGGAAUCAAGACAUAGAGUAGGUAGAAAAGAUUCUGUACAGAUACACUAUUUCAAUUUGACGUAAAAGGAAGACGAAAAAGAUUGAGCUUGACACAACAAGAAGAGAUCCCCUCAGCUCUUUAUGUAUGUGUGAUUAUCAUCACUGCCAGCUGCUUGAAACCACAUGCACACAUUCAUAGGAAAGAAAUAAUUCCUGUGCUGGUAUCACUUUCAAACAGAAUCAGAAAGUCUUUUGCACUUGUAGGCGCAGAAAGAGGCCUUUGGUACAGUUUCUUUCACAUGCCUGGUGGAAGACGACUACUUUGCUUCAAUGGAGAAUUGCAGCUGCAAAGGGACAAAUUGUAGUGGCCGCUGUUACCUCGGCAUCACCUGGGAGAAAGCCUAGCCUAGCCUAGCUUAGCUCAAGUCAGCACAGCCCUGCUAGCUAGUCCGUGAAACCUCCCCAACACCUCUGCCCCCUAGCCAUCCAUCUUCUCCUGCCUCCCAUACAUCCCUCGCCUCCUCGUCUAACUUUUCCAAGUGAGUUGCCAUGGCAUCAGUGCGCUUCACGGUGACGCCCACCAAGGCGGAGGACCUCCCGGGGCUGUCCGACACAUCUCCUGACAUCAGCUCCCGCUCCGGUGCCCGCGUCCGCUUCGGCUCCAGGGAGAGUGUCAAUCGAAGUGACCCUCUCAGCGAGACGUCGGGAGGCCUGACAACUACUGCCACAGCAGGAGGAGGGACUGACACGCCAGACCACAGCAACACAGAGCAAGGUGAUGGAAAUUCCAAAAUCUCCAGUGUGUAUAUCAACAACAGUCACGGGGUGGAUGAUGAUGACUUCUAUGACAGAAACUUGGCCUUAUUUGAGGAGGAGAUGGACACUCGGCCGAAGGUGUCCUCUCUCCUCAAUCGCCUGGCCAACUACACCAACCUGACACAGGGGGCCAAGGAGCACGAGGAGGCCGAGAGCAUUGGUGAGAAGAAGAAAGCCAGCAAGUCGCCACAGAUGGGCACGUUUAUGGGCGUUUACCUGCCUUGCCUCCAGAACAUCUUUGGCGUCAUCUUGUUCUUGCGGUUGACCUGGGUGGUGGGGACUGCUGGGGUGCUGCAGGCCCUCUGUAUUGUCUUCGUAUGCUGUUGCUGUACAAUGUUGACUGCAAUAUCGAUGAGUGCAAUCGCCACUAAUGGAGUUGUACCAGCGGGAGGAUCUUACUUCAUGAUCAGCCGCUCUCUGGGUCCAGAGUUUGGGGGGGCGGUGGGCCUGUGUUUCUACUUGGGCACCACCUUCGCUGGAGCCAUGUACAUCCUGGGAGCCAUCGAGAUCCUUCUGAUGUACAUAGCACCUAAGGCAGCUAUUUUUGAGUCAAAGUACCCUGAUGGCGAAGGGGCGGCCAUGUUGAACAACAUGCGUGUCUACGGCUCCAUUUGUCUCCUCCUGAUGUCCUUGUUGGUCUUUGUGGGCGUGAAGUACGUCAACAAACUGGCCUCCAUUUUCUUGGCCUGCGUCAUCGUCUCCAUUGUCUCCAUCUACAUCGGCGCGCUGGUCUCUGCCUUCAAACCACCAAAUUUUUCCGUGUGCAUGCUGGGAAACAGAACCAUCAACGGUCAUGAAAUUUAUGACAGCCAGUGUGCAAAAACCAUCCUGCAGCAGAUCAAGGAGCCGGUGGAGAAAGAUGAUGUCAACUUUACAAUUACUAAUGAAAACAGCACUGUAGGCCCGACCUUUGACCCCACCCACGCUCCUGUUCUGGUGGAGAAGACCACAUAUCUUUGGAAACAGUUUUGCCAUGGUCCAGACCUCAACUCCUCCUGUGAUGAAUACUUCAUGUCCAACAACUUUUCAGAGAUUGAAGGGAUCCCCGGUCUGGCCAGUGGGAUCAUUUCAGAGAACGUGUGGAGCUCGUACCUCAGCAAAGGGGAUGUGGUGGAGAAAGGCUCCCUCAACUCGUCUCACUUUGCACAUCCGGCAUCCACGCACCAACCCUAUGUGUUUGCUGACAUCACCACCUCCUUCACACUGCUGGUGGGCAUCUUCUUCCCCUCUGUCACAGGAAUCAUGGCUGGUUCGAACCGGUCGGGGGAUCUGAAAGACGCCCAGCGCUCAAUCCCCAUCGGAACCAUCCUCGCCAUCCUCACCACUUCUAUCGUCUACCUGAGCAGCGUUGUUUUGUUUGGAGCUUGCAUCGACGGGGUGGUCCUCAGAGACAAAUUUGGUGACUCAGUGAAAGGAAAUCUAGUGGUGGGGACUCUGGCUUGGCCGACUCCCUGGGUCAUUGUGAUUGGAUCUUUCUUCUCAACGUGUGGCGCAGGCCUCCAGUCGCUGACCGGCGCUCCCCGACUCCUGCAGGCCAUCGCCAAGGACAACAUCAUCCCCUUCCUCCGGGUGUUUGGUCAUGGGAAGGCUAACGGGGAGCCCACCUGGGCCCUGCUGCUGACUGCCCUGAUUGCUGAGCUGGGGAUUCUCAUCGCCUCUCUGGACCUGGUGGCUCCCAUCCUUACAAUGUUUUUCCUGAUGUGUUAUCUGUUUGUAAACCUGGCCUGUGCCCUCCAAACCCUCCUGAGGACACCCAACUGGAGACCGCGCUUUUCCUACUACCACUGGACCUUGUCAUUUUUGGGGAUGAUUAUCUGCCUGGCGCUCAUGUUCAUAUCCUCUUGGUACUACGCAAUCGUUGCCAUGGUGAUCGCAGGCAUGAUCUACAAAUACAUUGAGUAUCACGGAGCGGAGAAAGAGUGGGGGGAUGGGAUCCGUGGUCUCUCACUCAGCGCUGCCCGUUAUGCCCUCCUGAGGUUGGAGGAGGGACCACCGCACACCAAAAACUGGAGGCCUCAGCUGUUAGUGUUACUAAAACUGGACGAAGACGCCCACGUCAAGUCUCCUCGUCUACUGACGUUUGCCAGCCAGCUGAAGGCGGGAAAGGGCCUGACCAUCGUUGGCACUGUUGUCUCUGGCAACUUCCUACAGAGCUAUGGAGAGGCCCUCGCCGCUGAACAGACUCUAAAGCACCUGAUGGAUAAGGAGCGUGUGAAGGGCUUCUGUCAGUGCAUCGUGGCUCAGAAGCCACGUGAAGGCAUUAGCCACAUGAUCCAGUCCAGCGGCCUGGGAGGAAUGAAGCCCAACACUGUGGUGAUGGGCUGGCCUCACGCCUGGAGGCAGAGCGAGGACCCACAGGCCUGGAAAACCUUCAUCAACACAGUGCGGGUGACCACAGCAGCCCACCUGGCCCUGCUGGUGCCCAAAAACAUCUCUCUGUUCCCCAGCAAUAGUGAACCCUGCGCAGAGGGCUACAUCGACGUCUGGUGGAUUGUGCAUGACGGGGGGAUGCUGAUGUUGCUGCCCUUCCUCUUGCGCCAGCAUAAGGUGUGGCGUAAAUGUGGGAUGCGAAUCUUCACAGUGGCUCAGAUGGAGGAUAAUUCGAUCCAGAUGAAAAAGGACCUGGCAACCUUCCUCUAUCACCUACGCAUUGAGGCUGAGGUGGAAGUAGUUGAGAUGCAUGACAGUGAUAUCAGUGCGUACACGUAUGAAAGGACCCUGAUGAUGGAGCAGAGGUCUCAGAUGCUCCGACAGAUGCGACUCUCGAAAUCAGACCGGGAAAGAGAGGGAAACCCUGGUAGCAGCAGCAGUAGGCCAGAGGCAGGUGGAGCUACAAGGUCUCAGGCUCAGCUGGUGAAGGAUCGUAACUCCAUGCUGCGUCUGACGAGCAUCGGAUCAGACGACGACGACGACACCGAUGCCGGGGAGCGAGACAGGGUGGUGAGCAGCGGCGGAGGGGGCAGCUCCGAACACCACCGUCGAGUUCAGAUGACCUGGACCAAAGAGAAGACCUCGCAGUACAGAGCCACACACUCCGGCUGCUCCACACCCGAGGGCUUCAGAGACAUGCUCAGCAUCAGGCCGGACCACUCUAACGUCAGGCGGAUGCACACUGCCGUCAAACUCAACGAGGUCAUUGUCAACAAAUCCCAUGAUGCCCGACUUGUCCUGCUCAACAUGCCAGGACCGCCCAGGAACCCAGACGGAGACGAGAACUACAUGGAGUUCCUCGAAGUUUUAACAGAAGGACUGGAGCGUGUCCUGUUGGUGAGAGGUGGAGGAAGUGAAGUCAUCACUAUCUACUCCUGAAUGGACAAAACGGAGGAAGCCAGUGGUAAAGAAGCAGCCAGUCGCGCAGAAGUGAGCGAAGGGAGACGGAGGGGCCUGUGAGCUCUGGGGAUGUGGGCCCAAAAAGAGAGACUGUCAUUGGCUGCAGCGUCAGUCUUCACGCCCAACACCCCACCCAGCCCUUUUCCUUUCAUGUUUUACACUUUUCUGUCACGACAAGGGUUUCCAUUCUACUUCUGUCGAGCUACAGAAAUGCCAACACAAUUCCACGAAUGAGCAAAAAAAGAAAAAAAAAAAACAAGUGUGUGUGUGUUUGUGUGUGUAUAUGAAAGUUAUCCAUCUGAAGAAGGUUUGGUUUAUCGGUGAAGGGACCAGCAUUGUGUUAAGAGCGAGAGUGUUAGGGCCGUGGACCACUGAAUGAAAAAACGUAGAGCGCGAGAGGCUGUGAAGCGUCCCAGAACGGAGCAGUCUUUGCACUGACGAGACUCAGGGUUGCUUUUUGUACAGAAUGUAUUUUGGAAGCAGAUGUGUGUUAGCCUGAAUGUCUGAAUCAAGUGUUUUUGUUGUUUUCUUUUCUCCUUGAAAACAUCUAAAAGUUUAUUCCAGUGCUUCAUGAAAACUGGUUAAGUAACACUGCAUCAAGAGAGUGUGGAGUCCAUCUUAGUACUGCACAUGAGGAAUAUCAGUGUGCUUUUGUGCCAUCUCCUUACUUGAAAGUGUAACAUGUUUAAGGAGAUGAAAGGAAGAAAUGGUUAUCAGUUGCACAUCAAUACUGGCCUCUUUUGAUAUCCACCAUAUCCAAUAGUAUUUGCACAAACCUCAAAAUUUGUUUUAUCCACAGUGAAGUUCAAAGUGGAGUAACACGGAAUUAUUAUUCUGGUUAUUGUGUGUGUUCGUAUGAACCUGCUGCUAUUUCUCACAAUCUACUCUCGUAUAGGAAACCAUUUCUGCCAGGAAAGAAAAAGAAAGUUAAACAGUUAGUUAUGAUGAGCACAAAACUGCUCAUGGAGAGUGAAAAUAUGGAUAGUGUGUCUUAAUUUAUUGGAUACUUUUUUUUUUUUUUUUGUCAAAUUUUUUUGAGUCAAAAUUAAAAGAUGCAAAUUAUUGAAUCAUAAUUUAAAAAUUUGUCAAACUUGAAAUCAAAACUGACCUACUUAAUUUACAAGACAUGUCAAAAUUGGAUUAAAAAAGUUUUUUUUUCCAAUUUUUGUCAAAAUUAUGAAAUAAAAAUUUCAAAUUAUAGUUGAAAUGAGAUUAAAAAAAGAUUAAAAUUAAGAUUUUGCACAUCUUAUGAUAUAAGUCAUCAUUAGGAGAUAAAUAAAAAUUCUGUUAAGUUAAAAUUGUGAGCUACUAAGUCAAAAUUAUUUGAUAAACAGUCAAAAUUCUUACUUCAAGUCAAAAUGAUAUGAUGACGUUAUCUCUUAAUUUUGAUUUUGGAGUAUAAAUUGUAUUUUAUUUUAUUUUUCCAUUAUUUUAUUUAUUUUUUAUUUUUUGUCUUAGCAGAAGUGGGCUUCCAUACAUUAUACAUACAUAUUGUGAUGAAAACAAAUGACAGAAAUUAUGUACAAUUGCCACCUGACACAUAUCUUCAGCAGUCCGCUCUGCUCAUACGUGUUGUCAGCUGUUAGAUGGAUAUAGCUUGGUUCCUUAAAUCAAGAGGGGGGCUGUCUUUAUGCAACACAUUUAUGGAUUUGUCAACAUCAACCGAGAUCCCAGGAAAACGCAUCAAAUGAACUAAACCAAUGUAAAGGAAGUUAUCAGAGGUUUCUCUGUGUUGUGCCAUAAACCGGCCCACAUUGGACUGCAUGUGAAUAGUUAGUAAGUUAAAGUAGACGGUAGAGUGUGUUUAAAGAAGCGAGGUCAGACUUUGCGGUUGUUGUUGUUGUUGUUGUUGUUGUGAAGGCCUUGGAAAGGGAAGAAUUUGGAAAGUAUUGUUGACACACUGGACCAUCGUGGAGAGGACCACUGCACUGCAUGCUGUCAAAAUGUCAUCUUCACUCAGAGAGAAGUGUUUAUGUAUAUGUGUGUGCGCAGCAUGGAUGAUACGUGUUCAUUUAACAGAGCAAAAUAGUGUUCUCCAUUCCUUCUAAUGAGAAAAUCUGCUACGCUGUGUAGCACAAGCUUGUGCCCUGAAACUCUCCACUUCACCAUACACCUGAAAUCCACCUGCUGACAUCCUGCUUUGUCUGUGUUUAUGUGUGUCUGAAAGAGCGUGUGUGAACGUGAGCUUGUUGCUAAAGUAAGGAGCUGUAAACUAGAGGUGUUUGAUUCCACUCUAAUGCUUUGUUCUUUUUAUUUUUUACAGUGUUAUUGUGCAGGGAUUCUUUCAUGUUCAUUGUUAUUUCCUAAACAUUGUUUUCUUGCUUGUACAUAAAGACAAAAAAAGAUCCCAAGUUUUAUCUUUUUUUAAUUACAUUAAUAUAAAAAGGAAUCAUAAAAAACUUUGCUUGAAAAAACA